AUGGAGUCUUUGAUUCUUUGGGAUGGAAGAAGCAUCUGUGGGCUUAAAAAGAUUCCAAAGACAAUACUAAUAGUUGAUGAAUACAACACAAUAACACCCGAGAAAAAAAGUAAGAUAAAAGACUCCGUGGCUGAAAUGGACAUAGACUUUGAAGAGGAGGCAACACGUUAUUCUCUUGUGAUCCUUUGCAACACUGUCUUGAGGUUUAACCUAAAGAACCCACUCGUCUUGGCAGAAUGUGAGAUUUGGUUUACUAGAAAGACCUUUUCCUCAAAAGUAUUUGAAGAUGCUCUUAUUCACUAUUCGGAAUGUGAAAUAAGAAAUGGAGUGUAA